AUGCUUGCCCAAUUUCUGGUCUCGAUUGACCGGACGAUCAUUUCCACGGCCAUCCCAUACAUCACGCAUGAAUUCAGAUCCACGCCGGACAUUGGCUGGUAUGGCUCAGCGUACUUGCUCACAGCGUGUGCAUUUCAGCCCAUGUUUGGCCGGAUCUUCACGCUAUUCUCGGUCAAGAAGGCGUAUCUGUUUGCUCUUUUCUUGUUCGAGGCUGGAUCGCUGCUUUGCGGCGUUGCACCGAAUUCGAUCACCCUGAUUAUUGGACGAGCUAUCGCAGGCCUCGGUAGCGCGGGCAUCCUGACGGGGAGCUUUGUGAUUGCAGGAGCGGCUGUGCCGCUCCAGAGGCUUCCGAUCUACAUGGCGGUGGUUGGCACCAUGUUCGGUGUCGGGGCCACAACAGGGCCUCUGCUUGGCGGCGUCUUCACAGAUCUUGUGUCAUGGCGCUGGUGCUUUUACGUCAACCUCCCAGUAGGAGGCGUAACGGUCGCGGCCAUGGUCUUCUGUUUCAAACCCAAGAAGUGCGGGAACUCCGAUCGCGGGUUCGUCGAACUGUUGCUGGACCUGGACUUGUUCGGGAAUGUGUUGAUCAUUGGGGCCGCCGUCAUGUUGUUCCUGGCGCUUGAAUUCACCACACAGGGGAUCGAGUGGUCCGACAAAAAGGUAAUCGGCCUCCUCGCCGGCUCCGGGAUCGAUACCAUCGUCUUCGUCGUUUGGCAAUGGAAGAAAGGGGAAGCGGCUCUGAUUCCGCCACGGAUCGCGACACAGCGCACUGUGGCGGCGUCGUGUGGAAUGUCCUUCAUGGUCUACGGGGCGCUAAUCAACCUGACAUUCUUCUUACCCGUGUGGUUUCAGGCGAUUCAGGGCGUGAGCGCCCUGCAGUCCGGCAUUGACACGAUCCCAUACUUUGUGGUCAACGCCGUCUUCGCACUGCUGGCGGGCGUUUUCGUGUCAAAGAUCGGAUACGCGACACCCCCGGCGGUGAUCGGGAGCGUUAUCGGCACCGUCGGCCUUGGAACGUUGACUCUACUUCGGGUCGACUCGACGACGGCGCAAUGGGCGGGCUACCAGGUGCUGACAAGCGCGGGCUUUGGGAUCGCGAUCCAGCAGGGCUUCACGGCGGUGCAGACCGUGCUCUGCGACGAGGACAUGGCCAUCGCCACAGCGGCCGUGGUGGCAGCGCAGUCGCUCGGUGGUGCCGUGUUCCUCUCGGUGGGGAACAGCGUGUUCCAGCACCGGCUCCUUCAUGCGACGGCAUCGCACGCCCUGGGCAGCGUCGACAUCAAGAAGGUCAUCGACAGCGGCGCGGCCUCGUUCCGGCACGUCGUGCCUGCCGAGGACCUGCCCGUCAUGCUGGAGAUAUACAACAAGGCGCUCACUGCAGUUUUCACGGUGGCGGUUCCGGUCGGAGGGCUGGCUGCCAUCAUUUCGUGCUUCAUCGAGUGGAAGUCGGUCAGGGCGGAUAAGGCGGGUGGAGCGAAUGAGGAGGGGGGAAAUUCAGACGAGAGCUUCCGAUGGGCGCCAUGCAUUGGCUUGACUUCGUCAGGGUAAGAAAUGUACAAAGGUCUUACACUGGAUAUGAGGGAGAGGUGCGUAUAAGAUGAUCAGGUCUGAAAAUUGAUGCAUUCAUUGCUGGCAUUUGCGGUUUUGAGAUAAUCAAAAAUUGCGGCUUCCGAGUCAAGGAAUCGACGAUGACUUGGACUGGCGACCGCUGCCUGCAUGUAAGAGUACUAGCUAUUCGAUGUUCAAGUUAAUGAGGUCAAUUUCAGAAGAUGGUUACAGGUACCCAGGUAAUAUUACGAAGACGGGACUCCUGUUCCCAGAGAAUUUCCAGUUGGUUGUGAUCCAAGA